AGUAUAGCCCUUCCUAUGAGGAGCACGCUCUGCUAUUUUACAACAAAGUAUUAGCCUCCGUUUCUAAAUUCUGGACCUCAGCUGAUAAGGUCCAAAAAUAGCAUAGAAAGAUCUUUCUGCUCCCUCCCGGGAAAAAAAAAUGCCAACGACAAAGAAAACGUUGAUGUUCUUAUCGAGUUUCCUCACCAGCUUUGGGGCUUUCGUGGUGAUCUGCGCCGUCCUGGGGACCCAGCAGUGGGUCCGCAGCACCAUCGCCGUCAGCGACUCUUCUUCCAACGGCAGCAUCGUCAUCACCUACGGACUCUUCCGCGGCCAGAGCACCCAGGAGCUGCAGGGCGGCCUCGCGGAAGGAGACAAGGACUUCGAAGUUCUAGGGACACUGGCCCAGUCUUCCCCGAAGACUCUGCACUCGGUGGUCAUCUCGUUCCUGACCCUCAGUCUGGCCACGUCUCUGCUGAGCGCCGGCUUCACCUUCUACAACAGCAUCAGCAACCCCUACCAGACGUUCCUGGGGCCGCUGGGCGUGUACACCUGGAGCGGGCUCAGCGCGUCCCUCGCCUUCCUGGCCUCCGUGCUGUUCGUGGCGAACGUGCAGUCCAACCGCCUCUCGGAGGAGCUGGCCCGUGCGCUGUACCCACCGCACCCGCCGGCCGCGCGCAGGGUGGAGGCCCACGGCUACGGGUACUCGUUCUGGCUCACGCUGCUCGUGCUGCUGCUGAACGGCGCCACCGUGACCAUCGUCGUCCUGUACCAGAGGGCGCGACUCAGGCGGAAGCAGGAGAUGAGGAAGCCGAUGGAGGACGCCCCUCGGGACGGGAUUUUAUUCUGAGUCCUGCCGGGGGCCCGGCGGGUGACUCGGGGCGUGACCUGCGGGCCGGCCGGGCUGGCCGAUCGGAGGGUCCCGUGCAGCCCCGGCCGGCUGCCUUUCUGUGAUAGUUUUUGUAUCUCGUGACACUGUGUUCUUCAAAGAGGACCUCCGCUUGCAGAGGGUCCUUCCCGCGAGGGUGGGGAAGGUGAGCGGGGGCGCCCUCCGGCCCGUGGGGCGGUCACGGCGCUGGCAUGACCGCGACCCCAGACCCUCGGGCCGGCCCCCCUGUCUGCAGCACUGCAGGCGAGCCUUGUGCCUUUCCCGGGAGAAGCUCGACGCACCUGAGCGCCUGCGAUCUCUUCUCCUGGUGAGGGGCCAUGGAGCUCUCGUUUCACUCCACGAACAAAGGUUUCCAGUACAGAGGGGUUCAGAACUCGUCCCUCCAGGACCAGGUGCUGGAGGCCACAGGCGAGACUUCAGGGUGCACCAUCUGGCCUCCCGGGACCCUCUGUUGCUGACCCAACCAGCCCAGUGGUGCACUGAGGUGCCGAUACCCAUCCUGGGGCUUUUGUAAGGAGAUCGGAACGUGAAAAGACGGAAGAAAAACAAAAUUUGUUACCCUGCAGCCUGCGGGGCGAGGAGGCGAAAUGCAGUUUCGGUUUAAAAGCACUGUGGGAAAGUCCGUCAGAACACAACAGUAAUGCUGCAGCAAGUUCCGGAGACCCCCACCAACCCACCUGGGCCUGGUCAUUUCCGUUUCGACACCGGUGUCGUUGGCCACCCACGUGCAGGCUCCUGCCCGGCCGGGGGCCGGGGAAGGAAUGGGCCGCGGCGGCGCCAUGCAGGGCAGGCGGGCCCCGAGUCGGGGAGCCUCGUCCUGUCCUCUGGGACGGGGUGGGGGGGUGGGGGGGGUGACUGCCGCAGGCCCGCUCUCAGGGCCGUGCGGGUGCACCGUGACCAGGCCUGUCCCCGCUGGGCCCUGCGUCACUGCGAGUGCAAAGGUGAGGGGGUGUCCGCACCCUCAGCUCCUGCCUGCCAGCACGUCACACCCGUCCUUUGCUUUGUAAGUGAGCAACCGGGAAACAAUUCACCCCCGGGAGGUCGGCAUGCCUGCCCGGGCGUCCACGCUGACUCAGCUCCGAGAACGUGUGUUUGCGUCAGGCGGAAUGCAAGGGCGGGGGUGGGGCACAGGGGCGGGGGGGCCCUGCUCCUUGAGCUCGGUCUCAGACGGGAGGGGGGGCCUUCCCGCUGGGCCCCCAGAGCCCAGGGCCCCUUUCGCAGCACCCGUGGGCCUCACGGGGGGGGGGGGUGGGGGUGGGCACGUUCACUCAGAAUCAAGGAGCGGCUGGCUCAGGCAAGAAGGCACCCCGUUUGUUCUGAAUAAAGCUCAGCCGGCUUGGGUGCCGCCCCGAGCUGGAGAGGGUGGCGUCUCCCCCGAGGGUGCCUGCCGCUCACACACCCAGAGGAGGCGGGCGGUCCCGUGAUCGGGGACCUUUGCUCUCCCUGAGCGGAGAGAGGGGCCGGGCCCCUGGCUGGUCAGAACCGCGCCCGAGGAGGCGCGGAGGCGUGUGGGAUGCCUGGGACACACGAAGUGCCCGGAGCGGGGCUGCGCAGGGACACGCGAGGGUUCUGCCGAGUCCCUCUGCGCUCUUCCUGCCGGGGGCGUCCUCACGCCGCCCGGACUCCGGACCUUGGCGACCCCGUCAGCGAGAACUUCGGACCGCGUCCCGGCUUUGAAACACCUGUAACACUCGAGACGGGCUCCACUCGGAGCAUGGAUGUUUCCUUGUCAGCCACUUGAGACGGGCAGUCAAAAACAUUCGGAUAGAAACAUGUUGUAUUUAAGGACUAUUCCCUUUAAACACACUUUUAAACACUCUUGAA